CGUACGUGAAUGCGGACGGUGAAAAAUACACACCACGACACGUUCAAAGUGAAGUUUCCAACCCUGAAAAGUCAAACGGCAAGCGGCAAACGGGUUUCAAAAGGGUCCUUCAUCAAAAAAUAAAAAAAUAACGUAAAUGUUUCUGAAAGGCAAGUGUCAUAAAUCAAGCGAUUAUCCUGUAAACAAAGUGUAAAACGCGCUCAACAACAGCAACAACAAAAAUAACAAACAACAGCAUCAGCAUCUAAAAACGGAGCGGAUAAAAACAAGCCAACAAUUUUAGCAGUUUUUCCUGCUGCUCAGCGGAAUAUUUAUUCCUAAUAAAACCCAAAUUUUUACUACAACAACAAAAGAAACUCCUCAGUGUGUUCUUUUUAUUACUUGAGCAUUUAAUUUUGCUGCUGAGGCGGUGUUGGACAACGACAACAACACAUUUUGGGCAAGCCAAGAAGAAGAAGCAGAACACAGCACAUUGGAUUGGCUUUGAAUGAAUACUUUAUAGAAUGCUUGCGCCAGUGAGAUGACGCCACUGCAGGUGAGAACGAUACGUUAGGCGGCGUUGACUAUGGGACCAGAGGCAUGGGCGUGUGUGCGGACCCUGGGUCUUAUCGAUGGUGUCAGGCAUUAAGCCGGUCGCGUUCAUCGUGCGCCACAAACACAAACCAAUCAGCAACCAAACAGCAACAACAACAACCGGAGUCGAAGUCGAAAUCGAGGCAACAACAAUCAGACACAAUCAGGGCAAGUGCCACAGGAGUAGUCGAGGAGGAGUCAACAAUUGUAGCUGCCACAACAAGCAGACAAGCAACAACGAUUCCGAUUCCAUUUGCAACAACUCUAACUCAAACUUUGACGUCAGCGCCGGGAACAACGGCCACGUUCACAGUGAAAGGAACGAGCAGAAGAAGACGCCACGCCGAGGACAACGACGACGUCGAAGAGGACGCCAGAAGUUGCCACAUCAGCAACAUCAGCAGCAGUAGCAACAUCAGCAGCGUAUCAGUUCAGGCUCUGAAGUUGGUAUUGAUUUGGCUGCUUGCCUUGCUGGCAAAAAAUGCACAAGCUCACAAUAUACCAGAAGAUGCUGUGCACAUCACGGCCAUAUUGGGCGAAGGUGUCGUGUUCAAUUGUCACGUUGAGUUCCCCAAUGAUCAUCCAGUGCCAUACGUCCUGCAGUGGGACAAGAAGGUGAGCGAAACGGGCUCCGAUUUACCCAUAUAUAUCUGGUAUGAGAGCUACCCUGAACACAUUGAGGAGGGCUUCAAGGGACGCGUGUCGCGUGUCUCGCAGGAUUCACCAUUCGGUUCGGCAUCCCUCAACCUGACCAGCAUCCGGGAAUCGGAUCAGGGCUGGUACGAGUGCAAGGUCGUGUUCCUGAACCGUGAUCCCAAACAGCAUAAAAAUGGUACAUGGUUCCACUUAGAUGUACAUGCACCGCCACGCUUUAGUGUUACACCCGAGGAUAUUAUAUAUGUUAAUUUAGGUGAUUCAAUUAUACUCAAUUGCCAGGCGGAUGGGACACCAACACCAGAAAUACUUUGGUAUAAGGAUGCCAAUCCGGUUGAUCCCUCGCCCACCGUUGGCAUCUUCAACGAUGGCACCGAGCUACGGAUCUCAACGAUCCGGCACGAGGACAUCGGCGAAUACACUUGUAUUGCACGCAAUGGUGAGGGACAAGUCUCCCAUACGGCCCGUGUUAUAAUUGCGGGCGGCGCUGUAAUCAUGGUGCCGCCCACCAAUCAAACGAAACUCGAGGGCGAAAAGGUGAUAUUCUCAUGCGAGGCUAAAGCGAUGCCAGGCAAUGUCACCGUGCGCUGGUUCCGUGAGGGUUCUCCCGUGCGUGAGGUGGCCACCCUAGAGACAAGGGUGACAAUACGUAAGGAUGGCUCACUGAUCAUUAAUCCCAUCAGUGCCGAUGACUCUGGCCAAUAUUUGUGCGAGGUGACCAACGGCAUUGGCGAUCCACAAAGUGCUUCGGCUUAUCUAAGCGUUGAAUAUCCUGCCAAAGUGACAUUUACACCAACCGUACAAUAUUUGCCCUUUCGCCUCGCCGGCGUCGUGCAGUGUUACAUCAAAUCGAAUCCUCAGCUCCAAUAUGUCACCUGGACAAAGGAUAAACGUUUGCUCGAGCCGUAUCAAAUGAAGGAUAUUGUCGUCAUGGCAAAUGGUUCCUUGCUCUUCACACGUGUCAAUGAGGAUCAUCAGGGUCGCUACACUUGCACACCCUACAAUGCACAGGGUACACAGGGUGAUUCGGGCGUUAUGGAAGUAUUGGUGCGUAAACCACCCAAUUUCACAGUUGAACCAGAUACGUUGUAUCAACGCAAAGUUGGCGACAGUGUUGAGAUGCAUUGCGAUGCCAUCGAAGCGGAGGGCACCGAACGACCCACAAUUAAGUGGCAACGCCAGGAAGGUGAACAACUCUCGGACUCCCAACGGAAUCGUGUGAAAAUCUCCGGCGGAAAUAUAACCAUUGAGAAUUUACGACGCGAGGACUUUGGCUAUUAUCAGUGUGUUGUCUCCAAUGAGGUGGCAACCCUGAUGGCUGUCACUCAACUGGUUAUCGAGGGCACUCAGCCACAUGCCCCAUACAAUAUAACUGGCAAGGCAACGGAGUCAUCGAUCACUUUGCAGUGGUUGCCUGGUUAUAGCGGCGGAUCGGAGUACAAACAGGAUUAUACAAUUUGGUAUCGGGAGGCGGGCGUCAACGAUUGGCAAACGAUAUCGGUGACGCCAUCCGGCAGCACUCAGGUGACCAUCAAUGGAUUGGCCUCCGGCACGAGCUAUGAAUUCCAGGUAGUUGGGCGGAAUGUCCUCGGCGAUGGCAUGAUGAGCAAAGUGAUGACCGUAAGGACACUGGAAGACGCUCCGGCAGCGCCACGUAAUGUCAAGGCUGCAACACAACCGCCCGAUCACUUAUUUCAACCAAUGCCAGACGAAGCUGACCUUUUAGCAUAUUUUGACAUUUACUUUCAUACCGAUUCGCGAGGCAUGAUAGUUUAUUCACCGCCCAAGUUGAGAUUGAAAGGCCCGAAGCCCGGACCGCCGCGUAACGUGUCCGUUACGGAAAUAUCGAAUGGUUUCCUUAUCACGUGGCAGUCACCAUUGGAGCGGGCUCACAUCGUAAAAUUCUACACCAUUAAAUAUCGCACGGAUGCGGAAUGGAAGACGUUGAACCGUGGCCAGAUACGGCCGGAGGAGACACAAUAUUUGGUGAAGAAUUUGGUGGGUGGACGCACCUACUAUUUCCGUGUGCUGGCCAAUUCGGAAAAAUCAUACGAAUCGAGUGAUGAGGUGAAAUUCCCGGUGCCGGCCCGUGUCAAACAUAAAGCAAUAACAGCCGGCGUCGUUGGGGGCAUCCUGUUUUUUAUUGUUGCGAUCAUUUUAUCGGUUUGUGCCGUAAAAAUUUGCAAUAAACGUAAACGACGAAAACAGGAAAAAGAGUUCAACAUGGUAGCUUGCAGGAUAACGGAUGCUCGUAGCAUUGCAGCUAAUAAUCAUCAUUUGCACAAUCGCAGUACGGGCUCAAUUUCCUCUGGUCAAGUGCCUUUAAAAAAGUACAAACAACAAACCCGAAUAUCAAGUCUAACCGCAAUACUUAUCGCCAUAUUGCACUGGAUUUGGCCACCCGAUCGUUGCACCAACUGCCACUCCAUCUACAGCUCACCCAAUCCAAACCAUGACGAUAUCCAGGACGACAUCGCCAAGAGGCGCUCCCAUCAAGAUGGGGCGAAACUGGGCUACGACAACACAUUCGAGAACAGCAUUGAUGUUGUGGAUGGUGCUCUGUUCGAGCGUCGCAAUAGCAAUGUGUCCCAGAAAUCCUCCAGCGAUGAUGGCGGCUUCCUCUCACGUCGUAAUUUCAUUACAGCACGCGCCUCCUGGCGCCGACCCCUCGUCGCCUCCUCCAGCCAGGUCAGCUUACAGUCGGCUGCAGAUUCCGCCCGGGGUUUCCUUCAAGGCUUGGGCGGCCUGCUCAAAAUAGGUGGCGCCGUCAAGCAACAACAACACUUGGAUGAAGCCCUGACCGGUGCACGUUACCAGAACGUGCUGCGUCCUUAUAACAUCUACAGGAAUCCUCUCCACAUCAAUACGAUCAGUGGCAGUUUGGGGCAGCAACAGUUGCUGUUGUCUCCCCCGCUUUAUACGCCCUCCCGCGCCUCACGGCUCUUCGCCAGCUCGCCGGCCAGCACACCAGGACAUCUACAAGCCCAGGCCCAGCAGCUGUUAUCCUAUUCCGGCGUCUAUCCAACCAAUCACACCCAAUUUAGUGAUCUCAGCACAGUGUAUCCCAAUAAUUCCGCGGAGCGUUCACUGCCCACUUUAUCCACGGGGAACCUGAGUCGUUAUCGCUACCAUUCGCAGGAGUUGCCCUCGUUGCGCACCAUUCAGGAGGAGACGCGUCGCCAGCAGAGCAAGCCAUAUACUCCGCCAGAGGAUCACUUCGUGCCACUGCAGCUGCCAUCGCCGCCAUCGUGGAGGAACUAUUACCAGCAGCAGUUGCCCUAUCAUGGCAGCUAUCGCCCAAGAACCCGCUGGUAUCCAAGACACUACUCCCGGCUAUUCAGUCGCCAGCAACAUGAGUUGUUAUCGCCACUGCCCGAUCUGAAUCUAUCGCUGCGUGGCUCGGCGCAUGGAGCUGGCGUGGGUUUGGAGGCAUCGCCGGAGUCGCGUUCUAGUUCGAGUGGCUUCGGUUCGAAGAACACAUCGAAUCAUCCGGGCAGCACCAGUGAGUGGCGAUUGUUGCCACCAUAUCGUGCACCUCCAUCGCCACCCAAGCACACGGCAUACUUUGGGGCAGCAACGGGGGGGCAGCAGGCGCAAGCUCAAACACUGGUGCCGGGGCAGCAGCAGCAGCAGCUAUUGCAACACCAACCGUAUCCCUAUUCCUAUCUGCAGCCGAGUCCACCGACGCCGCCUUACACCAUGGCGCACUGGCUGGAAAUGAUCUCAAGACUGAAUGCGGCAACGGACAGCAAUUUGCCCCGCUCCUGCCAAGUGGAUGUGGGCAGCGUUGAUGGCCACUACGAAUUCGAUCCGGCCACACCGACACCGAGCGCCUCAACGCCCACAACGGGCGUCGGCAUGCUGCGCGACGAUCUCAAUCUACACAUAGACACGCAUCACUAUCCACAUCACUUCCAUCAUCACACGCUGGGCCCCUUAAGUGGCAGCUUGUUGCAUGCCUCCGCCUCAGCUUCGGGCUCCGCCUCCGCUCCGACCUCCACUUUUGGUGGCACAAUCUCCCGCAAGCUGCGCAGCCUGCCACGCUACGACAAUGUCGAGGCUCGGCUGCAGGCCAUGCGGGAGGAGUUCUACGCCUACCGCAAGCGACAGUCCAUGCAGCGGGCCAGCGGACCGGAAAUUGAGAGCGUCUGCUGACAGCUCACAGCUGGUGACAGCUGGUGACCGCAAAGUGGUGACUAGCAUAUGUAUCUAUGAGAUACAUAUACACUCAUCAAAAAACAAUCUCACUGAAUUUUAGAAAUUCGUCAGGCGUAACUCAACUUAUUAUUCCUUGAGUGUAUUUCCAUUUUCUUAUUAUUCCCAAAGUGUAUUUUAAAAAUCAGAGUUUUUUCUU